AUGACUGAUGACCCACAAUGGCUGGAUGCUGAUUCUGAUGAACUGGGAAAAGAUAUUCCAGAAAUAAAUGCAGCUGCUGGCUUGAACCUCUUUGAAGGAGAUAUUUUACUACCCAAAAAACGUAGUGCAAUAAAAGACAAGAAUCUCCGCUGGAAACUUCCCAUCCCAUUCGUUCUGGAUAACAACCUUGAUCUAAAUGCCAAAGGGGUGAUUCUUAAAGCGUUUGAAGGAUUCAGCUUAAAGUCGUGUGUGCAAUUUAAACCUUACGAAGGAGAGAGCUCAUUUAUAGUAUUUCAGAAGUCUGACGGGUGUUGGUCCUCACUGGGCGAUAUGAAGACGGGCCAAAACCUUUCUGUCGGUCGAGGAUGUGAUAACAAAGGCAUCGUGUCCCAUGAAAUCUUACAUGCUCUGGGAUUCUACCACGAGCAGGCAAGGACAGACCGAGAUGAUUAUGUCACAAUUUGGUGGGAUCACAUCCUUCCAGAUCAAACACCCAACUUCCAGAAAUAUGGCCGUGACCUCCUCACAGACCUGAAUACUCCCUAUGAUUAUGAGUCCAUUAUGCACUAUGGUCCAUUCUCGUUUUCCAAAAAUAGGAGUUUACCAACAGUUACCGCCAACAUACAUGAAUUCAACAGCAUUAUUGGCCAACGCCUGGAUUUCAGCAGUACUGAUCUCAAACGACUCAACCGGAUGUAUAACUGCACAAGACCAGCCAUGCUUUUGGACCAAUGUGAUUUUGAGUCAGCUGAUAUCUGCGGCCUGAUUCAGGAUACAAGAGGCAAUGCUGAAUGGAUUCACCAAAAGAACAUCUUUAAGGAUCAUGAUAAUACGCUCAGCGGAAAGUGUGAAGAUGGUGGCUACUUCAUGUUCUUCAACACCAGCUUUGGGAAGGCGGGAGAAACCGCGGUCUUGAAAUCUCGUAUUCUGCGCCCACGGAGGACGCAGCAGUGUCUCCAGUUCUUCUUCAGAAUGACCGGAAGCCCCAAGGAUAGGCUUGUCAUCUGGGUUAUGAAGGACGAUGGCUCAGGAACUGUUCGUAGGCUGGUUAAAGUUCAAACUUUUCAAGGAGUAAGUGACAAGAACUGGAAAAUUGCCCAUGUACCCCUAAAAGCUCAACAAGAGUUCAGGUAUCUCUUCCAAGGGCAAAAAGGAGACCCCGAUCAGUCAUCUGGAGGGAUUCUCAUCGAUGACCUCACUCUCAGCGAAACUCAGUGCCCAAAUGCAGUGUGGCUGAUCCAUAACUUCUCUCAUCUCCUUGACACUGCUGCCGUGGAAUCCUCCAUGAUAAGUCCUCGUUUUUAUAGCCCUGAAGGCUAUGCUCACUGUCUCACUCUCACCCCCAGAGUCUUGGAUGGUUCAGACUCUGAAAACUACGUCCACAUUUCUCUCCACUUGACCAGUGGAGAGAACGAUGGUGUUCUUGAAUGGCCGGCUCUGAACAGACAGGCGACCAUCACCGUACUAGACCAACAUUCUGAUGUCAGGAAGCGACUGUCCAUAGAAAGGAGCUUCACAACAGAUGAGAGUCACUUUCUUAAAGGACAAAAUACUUCCAGGUGGGAAAAUCCGUCUCUUCUGGGAAAAUUUGAUCCUCUAUGCAAUUGUAGCAGGGGUGAAGAUUGGGGAUGGCGAAAAUUUGCUACCCAUGAACAGUUAAGACAAAGGAAUUAUCUGAAAAAUGAUGUCCUCGUUAUAUUUGUAGACUUCGAAGAUUUAACCCAUCUCAAGAACAGUGAACAAUCCGUUCUCAAAACCUGGCAUCGCUCUCAUGAUCAUGACCUCCUUCCAGCUCAAAGAAAAAGACGGGCCCCGCUGGAAGACUUGCCAACUUUCUUGGGAGAACCAUGUGACCCAAAUCCCUGCCAAAACAAUGGUGUCUGUGCCAGCUUCCAAGGGAGAGCAAGCUGCAGGUGUACCACGAGCAAAAUUUUCUUCUACACUGGGGAGAGAUGCCAGACAGCACAUAUUGAUGGGACCAUCCUUGGAAUGCUGGCUGGCAUAGCCGCAGGAACUGUUAUAUUAACCCUUGUGAUUGUUUCUCUGCUCAUUCAGGGAUAA